AUGGCGGUGAAUGCCAGUAAGAUGUUUAUGCAGGCCAUAAUGUGUUUUUUCAUAACGAGGUAAUUUGCAUAUCUCUUCUGUCCUUAAGGUCUUCAACGCCAAAAUUAUAGCUCAGUUGCUCUAUGGUAUCCCAGUCUGGCUGCCAGGGUUUACCCAGUUGGUAGAACGAGUGCAGGCAACUUUCCUCUUCAAUAUUUUUACUGUCCCACGCUAUGUACCCUAUGUAGCCUUGUGUCUAGAGGGAGGUCAACACAAGGUAGAGACUGUCGCCUGGGUGAGAUUUCUUCUAAGCUGGUUAAACAUCUGCCUUACAUUAGAUAAAGAUCCUCUCCUCAGCGAAGUUUUGUUAGACCUCUUUCUUUCCCCAGGGCUACAACAGUUUAACAAGAAGGUACAGCGACUUGGGCUUCAGUGGAACUUUUGCGAUCAAUGUCCCUACCAUCUGCCAAGGCUAUAAUAAAAACUAG